AUGAGGCUGAAGAUGUUCGAGUUUGCUGUAGGGCUUACGGCCGUUUCCAUAACUCUUUGGUUCCUGUAUACCGACCAUUUCAACCUGCCAAAACACCUGCUCGUGGGGAAAAUCGCAAACUCCUCGGUGCUUGCAGAGGUCUGUGGCAUGGCUGUAGCAGGGAAGAAAAUCUUGGGUGGAAAUAUACCAAUGACACCACUGAAAGACAUAACUUGCCAACGAUACCUGACCCGGAAUCACUACAUAAUGAAACCUCUGUCCAAAGAAGAAGCUGAGUUCCCUUUGGCAUAUGUCAUGGUCAUCCACAAGGACUUGGAUACAUUCCAGAGGCUCUUCAGGGCUGUCUACAUGCCUCAGAACGUCUACUGCGUUCACGUGGACGAGAAAGCGACAGCUGAAUUUAAAGAUGCGGUGCAGCGAUUACUGAGCUGCUUCCCAAAUGCCUUCCUGGCUUCCAAGAUGGAGUCUGUGGUCUACGCAGGAAUUUCCAGGCUCCAGGCUGACCUGAACUGCCUGCAAGACCUCAUAAACUCGGAGGUGCCAUGGAAAUACACCAUCAACACCUGCGGGCAAGAUUUCCCCCUGAAAACCAAUCGGGAGAUCAUCCAGUAUCUCAAAGGAUUUAAGGGGAAAAAUAUCACCCCCGGGGUGCUGCCUCCUCCUCACAUUAUCAGAAGGACCAAAUACAGGCACUUGGAGCAGGGAUACGGUUUGUUUUCCUUUAUGCUGUGUACUUGGAUAAGAAAAAUGCCACCUCCCCAUAAUCUCACCAUUUACUUUGGUUCCGCCUACGUAGCGCUUACAAGAGAAUUUGUUAAUUUUGUUCUCCGAGACCAGAGGGCUGUUGACUUACUUCAGUGGUCGAGGGACACCUACUCCCCUGAUGAGCAUUUCUGGGUAACACUGAACAGGAUUCCAGGUAUGUGGGACUUGAUUCCAUUCUACAUAAAAUCCCACACGCCAAGGGGUGACUACUACAGCUACUGA